GUGCGGCUUCAGUGAAUGAUCGCACAACUGAACCGGAACAUUAAGCAAGCCAAAAGAGAGAGCUGCUUAUGGUUCGCUUCUGGGUAGCACCAAGGGUUAAAAAUCUUCCCUUCUUGUAGAGCCGGAGCAACAACAGCGAGUGGAUAAUAAUGCGAGGUGUUGGGUGUCUUGCUUUCUCGUAGGUACGGCAGAACUCGAAGCGGCAUCACCAACCGUGAAAGGGGAACGAAGGGAAGCGAUGCUAAACCAACUCUUAAACGGGCUGAGCUGACCCUUCCUAAGGGCGGCGAUGGAGUCGGCGGCGGUGCUCGCGUGUACCUUCCUGUGCUCCGAAGCUUUCUGGCAACGCGUCUCCGGCCCGCAGGAGGAACAGCUGCUGAAACAGAUGAGCUACGCCAUGGUGGGCUUUCUAAUUCUGGCGGUAAUGUUCGUUGUCCACCGGGCCGGGGCACCGUACGGCCGCUACGCUUCAAACUCUUACGGCUAUCCUGUUCCUGCCACCCUGGCCUGGAUGGUGCAAGAAUCGCCUGCCUUUCUUUUCCCUGUAAUGCUCGUGCUGUGUAGCGAUGGUGACCGUCUCAGCUUCUGGCCCAACCGCUUUCUGCUGGGGCUCUUCCUCCUCCACUACUUUUACAGAGCAUUCAUAUUCCCUUUCUUAAUCCGUGGAGGAAAAUCAGUACCAUUUUUUGUAUUUGUGUCAGCAUUUAUAUUCUGCUCAUAUAAUGGGUAUUUGCAAGGCCGAAGUUUAACUAAUUACGCAGAAUAUUCAUCCAACUGGCUAACAGAACUACGUUUCAUUCUUGGGAUUGCAGCUUGGCUAGGUGGUCUCCUGAUUAACAUGCACUCUGAUUAUAUUUUGAGAAACCUAAGAAAACCAGGGGAGACUGGAUAUAAAAUCCCAACAGGAGGAAUGUUUGAAUAUGUAAGUGGAGCUAACUUCUUUGGAGAGAUUGUUGAGUGGUCUGGAUUUGCUCUUGCAUGCAACACGCUAGAAAGUACAGCUUUUGCCACCAGUACAUUACUGGUAUUAGGAAGCCGAGCGUAUGCCCAUCACCAAUGGUAUCUCAACAAGUUUGAAGACUAUCCAUGUUCCAGGAAAAUCUUAAUUCCAUUUGUAUUCUGAAUUCUCUGUCAGACUCUGCGCUUUGAUUCUGUAUAAUGCACUACAAUUGCAGGGGGCCAGGGAGCUAAAACAGGGUUUUAAUAGAUGUUUUUAGGUAAAUUCAUCACAAUGAUAACAUGGCAUUGAGUGAUGAGAUGAUUAAUUCUCCUUUUUUAAUAUUAAACUCUAAAACCAGCAGAAAA